GUCAGGGCAAAGUACAUCGCGCAGCUUUCAAUUUAGGAAACCUUUUCGGAGGUGGCGAGGAGCAGUCCAAGGGGGAGGUGCCUAAGGAUGUGGCAGCUUUGGUAGCCGGGCUGAAGAGCAGCACGGAGAACGCUUUGAAUUCCAGGUGCAGCCGCCUCGAUGUGGAGCUGCCGCCAUCAUACCAGUGA